ACGCAAUGAUUAUAUUUAUCAAAUUUUCUUUGAACUAUUUCAACAAAUACAUAUCGUUCAUUUAUUAACUUAAAAGCUUUGAUUGUUUGUUUUUUGAGAUUAAGUGUAUUCUCAUUUCUAUUUAAUUAUCACGCUUAAAUUUGUGAUAUCUGUAUACAUUGCUUUUGCUAGUGAUAAAUUCACUUUUAAUCACAAAUAUCUAUGCUUUAAUUGUGCUUACAUAAAUAAAAAUUUUUGGUGUUAUCAAAAAAUUCGGAGAAGCAAAAAUUCAGGAUGGGUGUGGGUGUCGCUUCUUUAUUUAUCUGACGCCCAUACCCACACCCACACCCUCAAGAUGGUAACAAAAGACAUAUGCACUAGAAUUUCAUUUUAUACAAACAUCUCGACAUAAACAAUCAAUAGAAUAACGAAGAACACAGUAGCAUAUAAAAUAAAUGUCAAAGCUAGAAAGAGACUACAAGACAAAGCAGAACAGAGCAACAAAUUAACUCUAUUAAUAUUUUGUAGUAGGUACUUUUUAACUGAAUUACUAGAUUAGUAAAAGGACAAAUUGAUCUAUAUCAUUAAAUUCGAAAGUUAAUUAUUGAUAUUUUGAAUUUUUGAAGUCAUAUCUUCUCUACAAUGUUUUAAUUCGACUUCAAGAACAUUUCUUAUCGUUUCGGGUUCAUACACCUACGUCUUUAGUAAAUACUACUCGUCACUCAUCCAGGGUUCGUACAACUCCUUGUCUUCCGUUCACAGUAUCAGAUAAUCGAUCUUUUUAUGAACGUGAAUAUCCUCAAACGAAUUUACCUCGACGAUUAUCAAAUUCAUCGUAUCAAAAUGUUCUUCAUCAACUUCCUUCUCUUCGUUUAAUUGUCGUAGCCUGUGCUCGUAAUGUUGAAUCAGAUAUUAAAAACUAUCGAUCUCGUAUUGAACCAAUUCUUGAUCUCUUUCAUCCAUCAUCUCGUAUUCUUAUUUGCGAAAGUGAUUCAAAUGAUAAAACUAUAGAAAAACUUUAUCAAUGGUCUCGUGCACAAGUUUAUACAUAUGGUAAUAUGAUGAAAUCGUAUCCAGGACGUACUGAUCGUCUUGAAUUUUGUCGCAAUACACUGCUUAACAAAACACACGAUCUGAAAGCUGAUUAUAUCUUAGUUACCGAUAUAGAUAUGUUUCGUACUACAGUUACUUCUUUUCUUUCUAAUUUCCGAUAUAAUAUAGACGAUUGGUCAGUAAUGACAGCAUCGUCAAGCGAUCCAUAUUAUGAUAUUUGGGCAUUACGUACAUUAUCUGAUUCAAUUAUGAAUUAUGAUAUAUGGCAUCGAAUAUGGGAUUUAAGAAAACCUGGUAAAAACUAUUGUUAUGAAACACUUGUGAAUCUAAUUGUUCGUGUUCAUCAAAAACGUAUUCCGCUUGAAUAUGGUUUAAUUGAAGUACGCUCAGCUUUUGGUGGUGCUGGAUUAUAUAAAGCGAAUUCAACAUAUACAUGUCAAUACGAUGGAGAAGGUAAUACUUGUGAACAUAUAGAAUUUCAUUUAUGUAUACGAGAACAAAAUCACGGAAGAAUUUUUAUUAAUUCUGCAUUUCAAGUUUUUUAA